GGUCCUUGUUUUGACACGAAAAUUAGAGGCCUUGAUUUUGAAGAAUUCAGAAAUUGGGACACCAAGAUAGUCAUAGAUGGUUAUCUGGAUAAGUCAAAAAAAUUUACACAAAAAGAGAAAUGAGAAAAAUUAAAUGGGAAUAGCGUUGAGGAUUUGAUCCGAGUAAUACGAAAUGUUUAUGUCCACUACGUCAAGGAUGAAGAGCUCGACAAGAUCAACGAGGAGAUAAACACGUGCUUUCCCGGUUUACUGAGUCGUAUACAUGCAACCUUAAGGAUCAAGAAGGUAGAGGAAAUACUCUGAACAAAACAUGCAUUAGGUGUUGUUUUUAUGGUUUGUCCGUUCUAGCGAUUUUACGUGUACACCUAGCUUCUCAUAGCAGGUGAAUUUGUAAAGACUUAAAAUCUUGGGAGUUUCUUUGGUUUUAAUGAUUUGUCUAUUUUUCUCGUGAAUUUGUGUGAACCUAGCUUCUAACAUCUCAUAGCGGGUGAAUUUGUGAAGACUUAUUAACUCUUGAGGGUAUUGUUUGGAUUCCAUACAUACCCUGAAAGAGUAUCAUGUGUUGUUUUAGUUUUAAUGGUUUGGUUAUUUUUUCAAUGAUUUUGUGUUCACCUAGCUUCUAGUUCCUCAUAGUGGAUGCAAUAUUCUACAGAAUAUAACUAAAGGAAUAGAAACCCUCACCUCGAAAGUUGAAACCGAGCUUUGUCCAGUCUUGCUACAUUAACUUGUGUGAUGAACUGAAUGCCAUUAACUGCAGUUUAAAAAGAAGAAAGAUCAACGAGCACGUUCACAAGUAGGAGGGAGUUCUGUAUUUGAUUUGAGAAUUUUCACACAAAGGAGAGAGUAUAGUAACAAGUGAAAUAAGGUGCAACAAGUAGACAAACAUGAAUUAGGAACAAAGAAAUUUCAUGGACCCAAUCCAUCGAAUUUGACGAGCUAAAUAAGAAGAGGGUAGGUAUGGAGCACCCUACAAGGACGAGGCGGUGUUGGCUAGGCAAUGUUGGAAUUGGAUACAAUCACUCUCCCGUCUCUGAUUCAUCCGAUUUCUUUCUAACACAGUUGAACUUCUGAUCGGAUUUUCUUCCACUCUCUUUCAGAUGACUUCCCAGACAGCAACAAGCCUGCCCAUGGAGGGGGAGAGCCCUACAACAUCUGUGUUAAUGCUGAUGAACUUUAUUCCUCGCCCGUUCAGAGCAGCCUUAUAUGAGUUGAAAAUCAACCAAGCAGGAGAAGUUUUGGGAGGAGAAACAUGUAGGCCACUUGAACCUGUUCACUGGUUCUUCGAUCCAAAAAAAUCAUCUGAGUUCCCAGUCCCAGUCCCCGAUUAUAUUAUAUUGGACGGUGUGAGGUACGGCAGCCCCUCCAAGCUUUACCAUCUUACUGAUCCAGCAUCCUUCCCCCUUAUAACAAAUCCAUCGUUUGAGUGUUAUAAUCCCAAGGACAUUUGGGAGCCUCUCAAUCCUUUUCCAAAAUAUGGUCAGAAAACGGGACCUUCCUAUGUGGAGGUUAUGGGCUAGACUGUUUGUUACGGUUGUAUUCUAAUUUCAUUGUAUGACUUUGGACCAUCUGAGUUCGUGCUUUUUCACAUUGCCAGUGAAACAUGGCACCCAGUUUACGUACCUACAGUUGAUGAUGAUAUGACUGGUACUAAGCCUUAUCCUUCUUUUGUGGGGAGGGCUGUUGUCGUAAACGAUGUUAUCUACGCCGCAUCUACAGUGAGCGGGGUUAUCAUAUCAUUCUCUCUUGGGAUGGAUUCAGAUCCUAGUGGUCGCAUUCUCUUUACCGUAAAGAAUCUAUUCAAGUUUCCGGAGUUCACAAGUUUCCUUGAGUUGGACAACACUGUAACAGAGUCUUUGGUUCAUUUGGGGGAAUUAAGAUUUUGUCUCCUGCAAACUUUCUUUUGCAGCAGGGGCAGGGGAUUUCAACCUCUGUGGAUCACAACAUUAGAAAUUGUCAAUGACGGUUCAGGGGAAAGGUGUAUCAAGACUUUAUGUUCUGUUGGUCGUGACACUGAUAUUCAGAUUUCUGGUGGAUUCGAACUUGGUUACUGCUUCACACCACAAUUUAAGGAUCUUGAACCCGAAGAAGACAACAAAUUUCAGGCAGCGAUGGUACAGUGGGCAGCCAGACGGAGAGGCAAAACGAAGGAAAAUAAUAAGUUCAUCAGACAAUUUGAUGAAUUUGAACUCAGUGGAGACAAGAAAGUGCAGCUAAAGCUGGUACAGCAGUGGUUAGCCAGAGAGAGAAGCAAAAUGAAGGAAAAGAAUUCCAAUAGCACGCCUGAGGUUUUGGAACCUAGUGUUGGAGAAACUAACAAGUUGGCUAAGAAUAUUGAAAUCGAAGAAUGAGACUGAUAAGUUGGCUAAGGAUUUUGAACCCAAAGAAGGGACUGACAAGCUGGAUAAGAAAAGGACGGAAGUUUCACGUGGUGCAUCCAAAAAGGAAGAGGAAUAAAAAGAAGAAACUGGCUUGCAGAACUGGAGCAAGCGCCGUUCUUUUGUCUUUUUCGUCAGGCCUGUAUAUGGGAGCCUCAUACUUGCCAGGUCUGGUGCCGAGGAGAGCGAUGGACGGGCUCGUAUCAAGGUUUGCAAGUCUGCUGCCAAGAAGAGUAAUAGGCUGGCUCUCAGCAUGAGCAUCCAAGUGAAUUUGGAAGACCUCCUAUACGUCUUGUGCUUUUCUUGGUUUACGAUUGGGACGACCUCCAAAAGUUAGAAAACUCUCAUGUAGCGGGACCUAUUCGUUCUCUUGUUUAAUUUUUUUGGUUGAGAAGUGACCUAUAUGUCAUCUGAUAAAUCGAAGCAGAAAUCAAACCAAACUUGCAAAGCAAGCAAGCCUACUAGGUUUAAUAUAAAUAAAGGCACAACUGAUGGAAGGCGUCAUCACAAAAAUUACCCAA